AUUCAUCCAAUCAAAGUGCCAACGACAACAGCGGUUGAGACAUUUCUGUUCACACAAUUUCCUCAUCCGCCAAACAAUAUCUUGUUGAUCAACAUCAAUCAGUACAGUUGACCCCGUCGAUAAGGAAUUCACUUGACAAAGAGAACAGCAAAACCCGGCGGCGCUUAUCGCCACCAGAGUGCCCGUGAUCUAGAACGAAGCGAUCUGCUCGGAAGCAGAGUUUAUUUAAAAGAGUAGAAAACAACAUUCGAGUCGGUUGCGGUUUCGCAGUCACUGGUGGAACAAUCAUGUUAGUGGGUUUGGUGCUAGGACUCGCGACCGUUGUGAGCGGUCAGUUCGAGACGAAUCAAUGGCCAAACCGGAGUACAAUAGUGCAUCUUUUCGAGUGGAAGUGGAACGACAUUGCCGAUGAGUGCGAGAGAUUUUUGGCUCCCAGUGGAUAUGCAGCCGUUCAGGUUUCUCCACCUACGGAGAAUACAAUCGUGAACGAACCGAAGCGACCAUGGUGGGAACGGUAUCAGCCGAUUUCCUACAAACUGCACACGAGGUCCGGAACGGAACGGGAAUUCGCUGACAUGGUUGGUCGGUGUAAUAAGGUAGGAGUUCGGAUCUACGUGGACUUGGUGAUCAAUCAUAUGGCAGCCUUCACGGAAAAUGGCGGUACUGACGGUUCGACAGGUCACGCCAAAGAUAUGGAUUUCCCGGGUGUUCCGUAUGGAAGAGCGGAUUUUCAUGAUCCGUGCAUUAUUAGUGACUAUAAAAAUGCUUGGGAGGUACGAAACUGUCAACUGGUUGGACUACCGGAUCUGAAUCAUUCAUCGCAAUGGACACGGGACCGAGUUGUAGAUCUGAUGAAUAAAUUGGUUGGUUUUGGGGUGGCCGGGUUUCGUGUGGACGCCGCCAAACAUAUGUGGCCACAGGAUUUGAAGCUGAUUUACGAACGUGUGAAUAAUCUAAACAUCUCCCAUGGAUUCGCCCCGGGAGCGAGAGCUUUCAUAACACAAGAAGUCAUCGACUUGGGAGGAGAGGGAGUUUCCAAGUAUGAAUACAUAAACUUGGGAACGGUGACGGAAUUUCGGUUUUCGGCCGAAAUUGGUCGAGCUUUUCACGGACGCAAUCAGUUGAAAUGGUUGUCAAGUUGGGGGCCAGACUGGGGAUUCCUGCAAUCGAGUCAAGCCUUGGUUUUCGUUGACAAUCACGACAACCAGCGUGGUCACGGGCCGGGCGGAAACGAUGUCCUAACUUACAAGAACUCCAAACCGUACAAAAUGGCAACGGCUUUUAUGUUGGCCCAUCCCUACGGUAAUCCACGAGUCAUGAGCUCAUUCGCCUUCGACAAUUCGGAUCAAGGUCCCCCGCAGGAUUCCAACGGAAACCUGAUCUCACCGACCAUCAAUUCAGAUGGCACUUGUGGAGCCGGUUGGGUUUGCGAGCAUCGGUGGCGUCAAAUUUACAACAUGGUCGGAUUUCGGAAUGCCGUUGCGGGAACACAACUGAACGACUGGUGGGAUAAUGGGAACCAGCAGAUAGCAUUUUGUCGUGGGGACAAAGGGUUCAUUGCGUUCAAUGCGGACAGUCUGGAUCUGGACAGGCCGUUGCAAACCUGCCUGCCACCAGGAACGUACUGUGAUGCUAUUUCCGGUAAGCCAAUCAAUGGAUCCUGUACCGGAAAGACGAUCGUCGUUGGGCCCGACGGUUUUGCAAAUAUUCGCAUUUCAACAAGCGAAGAAGAUGGCGUAAUUGCUCUUCAUGUCAAUUACAAGCUGUAAGCAGUGAGUGUUUCGAAAGGAACCGUCCGUCCCCAGACGCUUGAUUGAAGCAAAACCGACAGCAUCGAUCUGAAAGCCCAGCAGGUUCCCACAUUCGAUUAUCAUCAUUUUAGACUAGUAGAUGCAAUAAAUCACUUCCAACCGAACCCGAUUGGGCCUUAUCACGUGCAGGCUACUCAGAAUGCGUCGUAAUCCGUAUUUGCAAAUACCCGUACCGUUAAGCCACAUUAGGCCCACGUUCGGAGAUGCAUACAAAUCUUAAUAGGGCUAUAUUAUGGUGCUUUAUUAUUCGCACGGCAAUUUAUGUGAACGGACCUUACGCAAAUUACUGGCCAUAAAACGAACUGUCGAAUGUGGGCAGACAUGUGGCCGGGCAGUAGCCUGGGUACAAUCGGGUACUAUCCGGGCCCGGGACUCUCCGCAUCUCCGCCCGGUUAGCCGAAAGCCGCAAUUCUUUCUCGGUCUCGAUCUCGCUAGCUGCAGCAGGAUAGAAUUAAUUAAUUAAGUUACAACAAGAAAUUGCAAUUGAGGGCUGACAAAAGGUGUUAUUAGUUAAACACUGUAUGCCGGAAUGGGACGGGUUAUUACCGACCGGUACUCAGCAGGUAAUUACAUAAUCCGAUGUUUUUAUUGCGUUUUGUUUUUUAAUGUGCUCAUAAAUUUGUCCGCAAAGAGUGCUCCUCCGAGAAAACACGUUGCACACUUUUGUAUUUAAUCCAUCUUCUGGAGAUUUCAAUUCAGAUGAGUUGUUACUCUAAUUAAGAAUAAAUUUCACAAUUGAAUAUAGUUCAAAUUUAAAAUCGAUCACUUCUAGCCUUCCACUGGAACGAACGCACUCCAAUUCCAGUUCCAGUGUUGAACAUUUAGACAUUAAUUGGGAAGUUGACCCAAUUGGAUGCUCGUAAUAAUAGCAUGGUUCUUGACAUCAAUCAACCGGAUGAGUGUCACGCGAUUCCGGUCACUCAAUUGACAAUUGCUCUGUAUCACGUAUGCAGGUCAGAUCAGAUAUACCGGUCAAAAGGGGUGCUAUUAAAACAAUUAUUAGUCCGCCGCAAUCGAAUCACCAUUCCGACGAGCAAUCACGGGAAGCGUUAAGUUGACCGAUGAUACAAAGCGAUACACGUGUCUCGAAAAGUUUUCAUUUGCGUGUGGCUAAACUUGAAAAUCCGAGCGUUUGCGGCAUUAAGGGCAACACUGUCAUGUUAAGGGACCAGAAACCUUUCAUAAGCGGUAGCCAUUUUAUUAAUCCGAAUUAGAAUAUAUUUGUAGGCAGAAAUAAAUGGUAAAGCACGAAACACUUAUCCCAAAAAAAUUCUACACUCUAAACAAAACAGAAGUAUUGUUAUCAUCGUCGAUUUUUUUUUUAUUUUGCCGGAUUCGGAUCAGCUUUCGAUUCUUCUUCAAACCAGCUUAUUUGAGAAUCUCCCAAACCGAUAUAAAUCUCCUCACUAACCGGAAACAAAUUUUCAAGCGGAGCCAUUGUGUGUUGCAAGUCUGAUGCCGUGGAUUUAUUAAACGACUUCCACACAUCUUCCGGCUCAGUAGUCACAUGCAGAGCUGCUAAAUGUCACUAUCAACGAGCAACUUUGCACGACGAAGAUUGGAAAGUUUAUGUCACUAGACUGCUGCCAACCAGGCUCUACCAAUCAUCAUUUAUUGAGUGUCUGAGAGCCGAUCUGUCAUAACUUAAAUUCUCUUGAUAUUAUACUCACCAGGACGCUCAUUGAUUGCCGAUGCGAUUGAUAUUAUCUUCAUUUCUCCUGUCACUGCUUGACUACGAUGUGACUAAAUAUUAAUCAAGUAGCAUAAACAUUGAAUUAAA